CUACAAUUGCAAUUCCAAUUGGCAAAAACUCCGUCUUCGCAGCGCGAGUUACCGAGAAACCGUGCCUCUCAGAGCACAAUAGGUACAUGUGUACAUGCAGUGGUUGGAUGACCUGGAGGGGCAAAGAGGAGCGAAUACACCAGUUACCCCUCUAUUCCCAUCCACCGCUGGGCUCCGGUGCCUGUACCAGUACAAGAUCUUCACCACCCGUCCUUCGUGCACUAUCUUGUUGUUUCGAUUCUCCCUUCGACAGCUUUCUUGGUGGCGGACCCGUGGAUAAGCACCGUUGUGUGGAUUUUUUAUGGGCGUGUGACGCAAGGCAGUGCCGAUUCCUUCUCUGGUUGUGAUAGCACGGGGUUUCGGAAUCUAUCUGCCUUGGUUGAUAUCGCUGACAGCUGCUAGACCGACCGCCGUCUUGCCAGAGCCGCGAUGCCGAUCGAACGUGAGAUUUACUUGGCGGGAGCGCGGUGCCAAGAUGAACAACAUUCCGUGGCAAUGCUAAUCAGCUUGGUUUACAUCACACAAAAUCCAUCCUGCUCUGCAUCGCUGCCAGAAGAGAGUCGAGGCCAUGCAAGUAGCAGCAAGAAGAUGCGUUCUCGGCCGCCCGCCGAAGCAGUCUCCAUAUUCUUACUGCGCCCAAUUGGACAGCGAUUGGACAGGAAAUUUUUUUUUUUUUUUUUUUUUUUUCUUUGG